GAAGCCGCAGCCCCAGUGAGAAUUUAUAUCUCUUCCUUUUAUCUGAAAACUACUGUAGUGCAUCAACAGGAAACAGCUUUAUUUCUCAAGAAAAGACGCUUGGAAAGGCUUUUAUAAAAUGUGUUCAAAUAUACUUGACCCUCAAAGACAUUACUUUAUCAUUACAUUUGUUUUCAUUGUUGGCACACUUAUCAUCCAUAUAAGAGGAGAUGACCAGUCCCAGGAACCAGCCUCAGAACUGAAAUAUGCAGCAAUUGGAAUAGGGGUUGGUUUAUUUCUCUCCAUCUGCUUCCUUGCAAUAAAGAUAUGCAUGAUUAAAAGACAUAUUCUGGACAAUGGACAGUCAGAGGAUUCAGCAAGAGUAUUUACAAGAAGUAUUGAUGCUGAAAGCAGGACCUGAGCAACAAAGCAAAACCCAGUCACAAGAAAGGAUAAGCAACGUCUCAGCACAGUUUUGUUAUUAUGUAAUGUUUGCAAUGUCUGUAAUGCCUGUAAUGUUGUUCUGUUAUCCCUAUUAAGGAAGUUAUGUUUUAUUAUUAUUAUUAUUAUUAUUAUUAUUAUUAUUAUU